UGCACAAGUGAGUCUGAAAAAGCCCAAAACAAAACCAUUUUCCAUGAACCAACAUAUAAAUAUAUAAUACGCAGUUUCCACUACAAUUAGGGUUCUCGAGAUUCAUCUUCGCUGCUGCACAUUUUCGGUGUUUCUCCAACUACGAUUCAAUGGGUAAGGGUACCGGAAGUUUCGGUAAGAGAAGAAACAAGACUCACACACUCUGUGUGAGGUGCGGCCGCCGCAGUUUCCACCUUCAGAAAAGUCGGUGCUCCGCCUGUGCAUACCCUGCUGCUCGUGUCAGAAAAUAUAACUGGAGUGUUAAGGCAAUCCGUAGAAAGACCACUGGAACUGGUAGGAUGAGGUACUUGCGUAACGUUCCUCGCCGAUUCAAGAGUGGCUUCAGAGAGGGAACUGAAGCUGCACCUAGGAAGAAGGGAGGAGCUGCAACUGCUUAAGUUUUUUGAGAAUUGUUGUUUUGUUGGGUACGGAGUUUAUAGAAUUAGUUUGAUAUUUGUGAUUGGGGCCAAUUAUUAGAACUUUGUUUUUGCAGCCUCAUUGCUUCAGUUUUAAUUUCUAUUUACUCUGUACUUCUUUUAUAUUCCAAUAUUAUUAUUAUUACAAAACUAUUUUAUCGUUCAGUUUGUUGUGUGGCAUUA